UCCUCAUCAAACCAUUUCUACUAGGAGGUGAAAUGAUGAGCACCUCACGACAAAAUCCAUACAUAUUGGAUACAGUGGACUUAGGCGAUACAGAUGGAUUUGGGGUCGGUCUAGGAUUGAAUGUGGAUCAAGACUCUAAAAGAAGCAGGCCAGGCUCCUCUUCAUCUUUUCGUUCCAGCGAACAAAGAAACGUAGAAGCAGUUCAACAAACGCUUGAACCUCUUACCACUGCACGCAAUGAAAUCAAAUCAAUCGAAGAUCAAGCCUCUUCAUCCGGAAGCAAUCCUUCUUCUGCCAAUCGCCUUUUAGCACUUCCUCCUCCUCCACGACCGAAACGAAGGUCAAGGCAUGAACGAACAGUAAGUCAUUCAACCGACGGUGAAAAGGAUGGAGAAGGAGAUUUGGACGUACAAAUUGAAGCUGCUCUCAACUAUAUCUCGCGCCAUGGAAUGAGUACAAAUAUGGCUCAACGUGAUUCAGUCAAUUCAAAUAAAACUCGAUCACAAAAGCGAAUUCAUCGAAAUGCAGGCCUGAUGGGAACAUCUACUCAAGAAACAGAUCGUUUACGUAGCGAUUUCCAUAAAGCACUAUCCAGGAUAGCAGAACAAGCGGAGCACGGAAUGGAAAAUGGAAAAGAACAUGCGGCUUCAGGAAAGGGAAGCUCAACCAAUGGAAUGUCUCGCGCCCGACAACGAUCUGGUUCCAUCUUACGUGCUUUCUCAAAAGGAAGGUCGAAUUUCUCGUUCGAUUCUGCAAAGACAAUGCUCGGUACGCCUUCUAUGGGUUUCAGUACACCUUCACGCACGACACAGAUGACAUUUGACGCCUUACCGGAAAACGUUGUAGGGCCAAGUAAUCGAUUAGGAAUGGCAGACUUCGUUGCUUGGUCACCACAAGAAGCAUCGGAUAAGCGGUUGGGUAGUCCUGACCAAAGGCAAAGAAGUGUUUCAAAUGCUACGUCAACAUCAUCGAAUAGAAACAGUCGAUAUGAAACGCAAGAGAGUCCGAUUGCUCUCAAAAGACAAAGUAGCGAUCAAAGCCAAAUGUCGAGCAUGAUGGCAGCGCUCAAAGCGGCAAAGGAGGAAGCACGCGAAGCACAAACAACAAAAGCGAAACUGAUGACAGAGAUGGAACAGAUGUCUGAAGAGCUCUUUCUACAAGCGAAUGAGAUGGUAAAGCAGGAACGAAUCAAGAGCUCAGCAUUGGAAAAAGAGCUUGAAAGCUUAAAGUUGGCCAUGUCCAACGUUGCGACUGGUGCAAACGAUGCUGCUGAUCCGAUCGAUUUAACGAAUAGUAUCGAAGCAGGUGCUCAAAAUGAUAAUGAGGCAAUGAUGAUGGCAGCCGUUGCUGAUGCAUCAAGAGAGUGUGCUGAAGCGGAAGAAGAGGCGGAGGAAUGGCGCAAGCACUGUGAAGAACUAGAAUCUCGAAUCGUCAUUUUGGAAGAAGCAUUGUACAAUUCGAUGGCUCUCUUAUCGCAACGCGAAGGCUUAGAUGGGCUCGAAGAUGAAGAGGCAGAGCAGCAAGAAGCAGACGGACUUGACAAGAUACUAGAUUCAUCAGUACAGAAUGAAAGUCUCCACAACGUCAAAGAGCGCGAAUCUAUCGAUGAAACUCCUUCUAGAAACUCUUUGGUCAUCCCUCAAAAAGCUUUCUCUGAAAGCACGUCUUCUUUCUACAGUGCGGGUGAUCAAUCUUCAGUUGGACUACGUUCACCGGAAACAAAUACUCUUUCGCCCACUUUGACCGGUCCAUCAAACGAAGAAGAAGCUUCUACGGUGGAUACACUGUACAGUAAAGCUGAAAAUGGAAUUCAAAAAUCGCUGGCCGAUGAAGAAAGUGAAAGACCGAACGGGACGGGAGACGUGCCUGAGUCCAAUAUUGGUCGGGAGGACAAAGCUUCUUCUCAGCUCGAAGCAGAAAGCGUCCAAUCUACUUCUUCCCAUCAGUCAUCAUCUUCCUCGGCUGGCAGAGCUGCGAUGUUGCCUCGGUCAUCAUCAGUGAUUGGAUCAAGGAGACAAUCGCGUCAGACAUCUUUACCACCAAGAUUGCCUGAGCCAGUUUCCCCAUUGCCUAGCAUACCAAACGAGCAAAAUUGGUUGCCCAAGAUUGAGCAAGAGAAUGCAGAUGGCAAUCUUGAAGCGCUUUCGACGCAUCUUUUGUCUGCCCGUUUAAGCGAUGCUACAACCACUUCACGAUCUUCUUCUAACUUGAAGCACGAAAACGAUUUUAAUCAAUUCAGCAGCAAUGAUGACAUACAAAUAGUUCAGGAUGAUUGGCAUAAACCUUUGGUAAAGGUGAACGGCAGCGAGACUUUCAGAAGCGAAGGUAUCAAGACCGAACCUAUCGGACAACUUCCAAAGUUUGAAUCGUGCCCGCAAUUUGGUGAAAUCGGGAAGAAUAGAAGAUCACACAGCUCCCUUACGCCACAAGUUUACAGUCCUUCGAUAGAUGAAUCGGAUGACUUUGACAGGGAAAGUCAUGAAACCAGUAGAGCACGGAGUUAUAUUGCUCCGAGCUCAAGACCUUCAAUUAAAACUACUGAAAGUGCAAAAAAGAAAUCACUCAAACGCAACAUUCUGAAGAAUAUGCCGCCUGCAGCACCAACGGGACGAAAAGGGUCCAACUCAAUCGGUGAUGGGUCUAUUGCGUCUGUCAGCUUGUAUAGCGGCAUUUCUUCCCCCUCGAUGGAAAGUGAAUUGAAGAAAAGAAAUUCAAAUCAUGAUGAAAAUCAGCAAAACAGCAAGAUUCGUGAACAUUAUGCAAAAAUGCAUCAAACAUCUCCAGGCUUGCAGGAUGAUGCCAAGAAAAAGCAAUCUUUCGCGCGUAGAAAGAGAUUCAACUAAUUUCCCAUACGGUAAGCCAUUCUGGGAGAUGAUAGAUUAGGGAAUAGAGUACAGCAUGUCACUUUUUUGAAUAUUUGUGUGAUCUCUUUGAGGUAUACAGCAUGCCGUCCUUACCAAUUGUAUUUUUAUAAUCACAUCACAUUCGACCGAAUUUAUGCAGGUACCCC